CAAAUCCCCACAAGCAGUCGCGGCAGCUCCAGUCAGAGUACAGUCCGCCGCGCGUCCAUUUAUAUUUCCGUUUUUUAGAUUAGCCCCUUUAAGCUUCGCAAUACCGCCCCCAAUUUCAGCGUCGGUACGGAGCCGCCAGGCCGGGACAGAGACGGAGAGAGAGGCCUCGGCCAUGGAAGCACUCGGACCCGGCCCGCCUGCUCCCACCUCUCUGUUUCAGCCUCCAAGGCGUCCCGGCCUCGGCACGGUGGGGAAACCCAUCCGGCUCCUUGCCAACCACUUCCAGGUGCAGAUUCCCAAGAUUGACGUCUAUCACUAUGACAUCGACAUCAAGCCUGAGAAACGGCCUCGAAGGGUCAACAGGGAGGUGGUGGACACCAUGGUGCGGCACUUCAAGAUGCAGAUCUUUGGAGACCGGCAGCCGGGUUACGACGGGAAGAGGAACAUGUACACGGCCCACCCACUGCCCAUCGGGAGAGACCGGGUGGAUCUGGAGGUGACUCUUCCAGGCGAGGGGAAGGACCAGACCUUUAAGGUGUCCCUGCAGUGGGUGUCUGUCGUCAGCCUUCAGAUGCUGCUGGAGGCGCUGUCGGGUCACCUAAACGAGGUCCCUGAGGACUCGGUUCAGGCCCUGGACGUCAUCACACGGCACCUGCCCUCUAUGAGGUAUACUCCUGUGGGUCGCUCCUUCUUUUCCCCUCCUGAAGGUUACUACCAUCCUCUGGGUGGGGGGCGGGAGGUGUGGUUCGGCUUCCAUCAGUCUGUCCGUCCCGCCAUGUGGAACAUGAUGCUGAACAUCGACGUGUCUGCGACUGCUUUCUACCGCGCUCAGCCCGUCAUCGAGUUCAUGUGCGAGGUGCUGGACAUCCAGAACAUCAACGAGCAAACCAAACCGCUCACCGACUCCCAGAGGGUCAAAUUCACCAAGGAGAUUAGAGGUUUGAAGGUGGAGGUCACUCACUGUGGUCAGAUGAAGAGGAAGUACCGCGUUUGCAACGUAACACGCCGGCCUGCCAGCCAUCAAACGUUCCCUCUGCAGCUGGAGAACGGGCAGGCCAUGGAGUGCACGGUGGCUCAGUACUUCAAGCAGAAAUACAACCUCCAACUCAAGUAUCCACACCUGCCCUGCCUGCAGGUGGGGCAGGAGCAGAAGCACACCUAUCUCCCCCUGGAGGUCUGCAACAUUGUGGCCGGUCAGCGCUGCAUCAAGAAGCUGACAGACAACCAGACGUCCACCAUGAUCAAAGCCACGGCGCGCUCCGCCCCCGACCGGCAGGAGGAGAUCAGCCGGCUGGUGAAGAGCAACAGCAUGGUCGGGGGCCCGGACCCCUACCUGAAAGAGUUCGGCAUAGUGGUGCACAAUGACAUGACGGAGGUGACGGGGCGUGUCCUCCCUGCGCCCAUGCUGCAGUAUGGGGGCCGGGUGAGUACAGACACAGGGAGGGACUGUGGCAGGAAUAAAACCGUGGCCACGCCCAAUCAAGGCGUGUGGGACAUGAGAGGGAAGCAGUUCUAUGCUGGAAUUGAGAUCAAGGUGUGGGCCGUGGCCUGCUUUGCCCCGCAGAAGCAGUGCCGGGAGGACCUGCUCAAGAGCUUCACGGACCAGCUGAGGAAGAUCUCAAAGGAUGCUGGAAUGCCCAUCCAGGGUCAGCCGUGUUUCUGUAAAUAUGCCCAGGGAGCUGACAGCGUGGAGCCCAUGUUCAAACACCUCAAGAUGUCGUACGUGGGUCUCCAGCUGAUCGUGGUCAUCCUGCCGGGAAAAACCCCUGUCUACGCCGAAGUGAAGCGGGUGGGGGACACCCUCCUUGGCAUGGCGACUCAGUGUGUGCAAGUGAAGAAUGUGGUGAAGACGUCUCCUCAGACUCUGUCCAACCUCUGCCUGAAGAUCAACGCCAAGCUGGGAGGCAUCAACAAUGUGCUGGUGCCUCAUCAGAGGCCGUCAGUCUUCCAGCAGCCGGUCAUCUUCCUCGGUGCCGAUGUCACUCAUCCUCCUGCCGGGGACGGCAAGAAGCCGUCCAUCGCAGCCGUGGUGGGCAGCAUGGACGGCCAUCCCAGCCGGUACUGUGCGACGGUGCGGGUUCAGACAUCUCGGCAGGACAUGUCCCAGGAGCAGCUUUUCAGCCAGGAGGUGAUCCAGGACCUGACCAACAUGGUGCGCGAGCUUCUCAUCCAGUUCUACAAGUCCACACGAUUCAAGCCCACACGCAUCAUUUAUUAUCGCGGCGGCGUUUCCGAGGGACAGAUGAAACAGGUGGCCUGGCCGGAGCUGAUCGCCAUAAGGAAGGCGUGCAUCAGUUUGGAAGAGGACUACAGGCCUGGCAUCACCUACAUCGUGGUGCAGAAGCGCCAUCACACGCGUCUGUUCUGCUCCGACAAAGCUGAGAGGGUGGGGAAGAGCGGAAAUGUUCCAGCCGGCACCACUGUGGACAGCACCAUCACGCAUCCGUCUGAGUUUGACUUCUACUUGUGCAGCCAUGCUGGAAUUCAGGGAACCAGUCGCCCCUCCCACUACCACGUCCUGUGGGAUGAUAAUUGCUUCACGGCCGACGAGCUGCAGCUCCUCACCUACCAGCUGUGCCACACCUAUGUGCGCUGCACGCGCUCAGUCUCCAUCCCGGCGCCUGCCUACUACGCCAGGCUGGUUGCUUUUCGCGCUCGCUACCACCUGGUGGACAAAGACCACGACAGCGCCGAGGGGAGCCACGUGUCGGGUCAGAGCAACGGCCGCGACCCGCAGGCUUUGGCAAAGGCGGUUCAGAUCCACUACGACACACAGCACACCAUGUACUUCGCCUGAGGACCACCCGUCCUCUGAUACUCGUCUCUUCCUCGUCUGUCUCUGUCGUCUUUCUGUUCGCUCUCGGUUCGGAUCCUUCACCAAAGCGGCUCGCGCGAGGAAGAGGAGCGGGAGGAAGAGUCACGGAACGAUCUCCAACCAGCGUUCCCGAUCCAGCCGCCUGUUCUCAACCAGCAAUCUAGCACUGCGAGUCCCACUCCGUGGGGGUGGGGCUCCAAUGCACAAAUGAAAAAACAAAAACAAACACCUCCCUCCCUCCGACCCCCCCACAGACACACAGUUGAGCCAUUGUUUUGAGUUUGUUUUUGUUUUUUCUUCCUUGAAUGUCUGCACUCGCGCGUUUAUCGGAUUUACGGAGCGCCGGCUCCGAGGCUCUUCCGGCGAAGCAGGACUCUUAUCUACUUUACCUCAAAGCCCCCCUCCCCCCGGGGGUCAAAUCUGUCACAAGGUCUUGGGUUUGUUGGGUGGUGGGGAGGGAAGGCGACCUUUUCAGAAUGAUAUAUUAUGAUUAUUAUAUAUAUUUUCCUUCCUAUGAGCGAGUGUUUGAACUCCUUUUUGGUCUUUUACAAGCGAGGUGACCACGCCCAUCGCUAUUUUCCUCCUAUCCCAGCGAGGCGGUUUGUUUGUAUGUAUGUGUGUGUGUGUCUGGGUGCGUGCACGUGUAUGUCUGUGUGUGUUAUGGCCGGCCACUGAACUGUAAAGGGAAAUCAAGGAGCUGACUGCUGUAAAUGCCUCAGAUGAAUUGUUUUAUAUUCACACAUACAGGACAGAAAGCAUAUAUGUACACCUGUGGAGCAGUGUGGGAAGGGGACAGCGCCUCCUGCAGGCUGGUGGAGACAUGUUGGCGGUCCUGACUCGUGCGUUGGUUAAGAAUGUCUUCAGUGAGUCUGAAGAUGAGGAUCCAUAUGAAGCAGCAGAUAAAGCCAGGUUCUGACGUGCAGCAGUGUGGACCGCGCUCAGGUCCCGGGUCAUUUUGGGUACUUGGGUCAUUUCAGACCCCGGGUCAUUUCAAACCCUGGGCCCAGCCCGAAGCAGGACCUGAGCGGAGAAAGACACUGCUGCACGGUUUUCUUAUCGAUCUUGUUUUCGUUUUUAUUUUUUUGCUCAUUGCACUGACCGGGGACGCUUGGCAACCAACAGAGGGCACUGUCGAUCUCUCGUACCUUUAUGCAUUUAUACAUUCAACAAAGCAGAUUUGUAAAAGUUUAAUAUAAGACGUUUUGUGCUUAUCUUAAGACUCGUUUAAAAGUAGAACUUUACUGUUGUCGUCGUUGUCCAUGUUACUGUUGUGAUGUUAGGGUUGUACAGUUGUGAGUUCAGGAACAGACUUGGGCUUUAGCUGCAGGUGUAGUGGGCGGAGCAUCUGGGUUGUGUUUUUACUUUUCUUUUUUAAUUUUGUAGCAUUGUAAGCGCAGCGGGGUUGUGUAGCAGACACGCAGCAUUCGCCGCAGAUGGAUGGAGACAAUCAGGCCAGGAGCGGUUUGUUGGGUUUUUAGACUUUUUAAAAAUCAGCGUGCGUAUUUGACGUAUACCCAUCAUGCAUCUGUAUUUAAACGACGCUUCUUUGGUAUUCUAACGCCCUUUUUAACACUGGAUUGAACUGAUUUAAGCUUGGCGACCAGUGGCGGCCCCCGCAGACUUGGAUGCUGCGGGAACGGGGAGGGGAAACGGUCAGCGUGCACGCCUCCUCGGGGGAGGGGCAGCUCAGUUAAAACCCUUUUGUAAUAAACCACCCGUAAAGCAGCAGGUUUACUAUGAAUGAGUUUGAGCACUUUCCUGUCGACGGCGUGCGCGCUGACGCCACAUGCAGGAAGCAGAGCCGACAGGUCGUCGCCACUCGGAUAAAUGGUCACUUCCUGUUUGUAACGUCACGAAGCAAUAUUAUCCCAGCUGAAGAUUUCUGACAAAUGAAGCUAUAAUUCUCCUCGUUGUCGAUGUUAUUACUCUUCAAUGUGACUGUAUUUUUAUAUUUUCUGUUUUUAUCUGGGUUGUUUUCAUUUGCUCGUAUCAAUCAGUGGGAACGUGCAUUUUGGUGGAAUAGUUUUAGGCUUUAGAGCUUUUUCUUUCUGUGUAGACUUUGCUCGCCUGCAUGCCGGAGUAUUGUCUGUUUUAAAAAUAAAAACCUUUUGAGUCAUAUUUAUAAUUAUCAAAAAAAAAAAUCUAAAACUUUUCAAGGGGGGGGGGGAUUUAGUUGGAAUGUCGUAGUUCAGGAAUAACGUCCCGUUUUUGGUCUCAAACAUGAAUUUCUGGGUGGGGGAGGUGCAGGCGGUUGUCACAUUGGGGGGGUAGGCGUAGCUCUUUGUGCUAUUCUCAAUCUAAACGAGGUACUUUGUUCUUAUGUGGACUGGCCAAAGAGCGCCCCCACCCCCUCUCCUGUGUGCCGCACCUGUUUCCAUGGCAACUCUGACUCCUUUAAAGUAGGGGAACAAGCUGCUUUUAACCUUUUUUAAAAACAAAAAAGCUCCCAGACUGUUUCUGUACCGUUUCAAAAGAGAGCACCAAUCAUUUUGAAGUCCUUCACUUUGAUAUCUUGUCGUAUCUCAAUGAAUUUGUAAUUGUAUGCAUUUUAUUAUUUUUCUUCAUCAUGGGUUCCUGUUUGGGGUCUUUUUUCUUUUCACUCCCCCUUUUUCUUCCCAUGGCUCCUAUAUGAUGCGUUUUCUGCUUGUCCUUCGGGAUAGCAGACUUUUAAUUCACUGUUAUUAUGUGACAUGCUCAGAUGUUUUUUUUUUUUUUUUUAGCCUGCAGGGAAAUCUUGUGUUAAUGUGCAAAGUAAUAAACUGGUAUUCUAUGCCCAUAA